AUGACGAUUACAGUACAGACUCGAGCACAGGCCAAGGCACAACGUGCCGAAGCUGAGCGCCUAGCCGCCGAGGCUGCAGCGGAGGCUCGGGCGCGCGAGUGGGAAGGUUCGGCGGUGCGGGUGGCUCGGGCUGCUGUGGUGGAGAGGAGUCAACUGGUGGGGGUGCUGGAAGGAGAGAGACGGGAGGCUGAAGCGAGGAUGAGAGAAGCAGCAGCGCAGCACAGGAAGAAGGCAGAGGAGCUGAGAGAACGUGUGAGGAGAGGAUUCGAGGCGGUGACAGCAGAGAGCCAAUCACACGCCGCCACACGCAAGGAGCGGGCGGCGCGGGAGGCGCACUACGAGACGGAGGCGGCAAGUGGCAUGGCUGCACUGGCUUCCGCCCAGAGAGCUCUGGAGGAGAAGGUCGAGCUGCUGGCCGCUGAUUGGGCGACAGUGCAGCGGCUGACAGAGGAGAAUGAGCACCUGGAGCAGCAGAGAAGGAAGGAGAUUGCUUUGCUGCGUCAGCAACUAGAGGACGCUGAGUCAGCAGCCGCCCGGCAGCAGGCAGAAUCUGAGGUGGAAUCAAACCUCCUUUCGAGGUUACAACAGUUAACGGAGAGGCUUAUACUGAAGCAACAGCAAGUAGAGUCCCUACAGAUCGAAAAGUCAACCCUCUCCCUCCGCAUCGAGACAGAAUCCGCCGGCCUGCAAAAGGACAAACACCGCCUGUCCACCUUCCUCAGAAGCGGACGAAACCCCGCGUCGGCAGCUGUCACUGCGCGAUUCCUCGCCAGCACGCCGGGCCCACUAGCUGCUGACCUGGCAGCUGCUGCGUCAGCAGCGGAAGCAAGGGCCUUAGAGGAGGGAGGGGAGGAGGUAAUAGAGGGGGACCCGGGGUUUUCAAGAGAGGCCAUUUUGAACCGGUCAAGAAAAUUGACUUUGGCCCAGAGGGAUUUUGGGCUGGGGCCGUCGGGGAAUGCGAUUGUGGUGGGAGUGGUGGACACGGUUUUGGGAUUUGAUUCGCUUUUUCUGGGGAGUGCGGGCGGUGUGUUGCGGACCAAUGUGGUUGCGAGGACGAGUUUGUGGGUGUAUUUGGUGGUGUUGCAUUUGUGGGUGGCGUUUGUGUGGCUCAUGCAUUUCCCGCUGCGUCGAUUUGCAUGCGCCACCCACGCACCGCCUAGCAAAUUCCUCUCUAUUCUAAUCCUCGCUCUCGUUACAGUUGCAGCCAUGUCCUCCCCGUUACUCGCCGCAAACGUCUACAUUUCCCUCGCGCGCUGCGCCUCGCUCCUCCAAUCGCUCGCCUCCUCUCUCGCCGCCUCCCGCGCGCCAACCAGAAUCCUCCACGUGUUCGAAGACGAGCCGUACGCGCGAACGGGUGUGACAUUAGCGGGGCCGCCUCCGGAUCUUGAACGGACGGUGAUCCAGCUUUCGGGCCGUGCGAUCGAGACCGUUGAUCUGAGUCGCCACGUCGGCAGCCACCCGUGCAUCGGCGCGGUGGACCACGUGGCACUCCGGCCACUGCUGCGUGCUGAGCUGGCAGACGCUGCCAUGUCAGCGAGAAACAUCGGGCGGAAUCUGGGACAGCAUCACGGGGGUCUAUUGGAGCUUGAAUCGCAGGCAGCAGCAGUGAAAGGGGCUUUGAAGCUUGAUGCAGCGGCAGCAGCAUUGCAAGUGCGGAGAGCAGUGGAGGAAGGGGUAGAGAGGGAGGGGGGGUUGCAAGGGGCGACGGUGCUGGAGGGGUAUUCACCAGGGCUGACGAGACAGCAGGCAUUGGAGAUGUAUUUUGACAUGGAGGCAAGAAAGGUGUGGGUAUGA